AAGCCCAGUUUCAGCAUGGGUUUGUCACUCCCCCAGCGUCCAGUCUUUUCCAUGGUGGCCUGCUUUGGGCUUCCAGGCGCGGAUUAAAAAAAAUCCUGCUCUUUGAUUUUGCUCUGUUGCACAGAAAUGUAUUUCAUGCAGAUAUAUUCUGCCCCAAAUUGCCCUCUUUCCUUUACCCAAGUACUCUUCCAUUAACAUUUCCUCCUGGCUUUUCAGCGCCCACUUCGGCCCCCAGCCAGGGGGUGGCUGCAGGCACCAAGCCCAGAGUAGCGCUGGACCCCCACAUCCGCCUCAAGGACGGCAAGCUGGACCUGGUUCUGCAGUACCUUGGUUUGGAGGUGACUGAGGAGAAGAAGAGGCAGCUGCGGCAAACUUUGACCACGGACUCGCAGGGGACGGUGGCCUAUGGAGAUCUCCUCCAAGCGCUCAGGGACGUGAUGCAGGACGAGCUGGAUGAGGCCAGCCUGGAUUCCAGCUCUGUGCUCUUCACCCAGCAUGAGGUGGCCACUCUGCUGGACACAUCGGCGUUUCACUCCCCGACCCUCGACUCGCUCAGCUGCAACGGCAGCGAGGAGCUGGAGCAGCUGCAGCUGGAGAUGACGGACCUGCGGCAAGAAGUCCGACGGCUAAAGGCUCUCCUGAAAGAGGUGGAAAACAGUAAGAAGUCAAUGGAAGAUGAGCUUCAGCGGCUGAACCAGAAAGCCCUGGGCUUCCUCUCCGAGAACCGAACGCUGCACAGCAAGCUGCAGAUGGCUGAGGUUGUGCAGAGGCAGGCUCACAGCGCAGAGCAGGACUACGAGGAAGUGAUCCACUUGCUGGAAGCCGAAAUUGCAGAACUGAAGAUGCAGCUGGCAGGGAAGAAAGCAAAACAUGUGGCUGAAAUAGAGGAGGACAUCCUGGAACUGAAAAGACAGUUGUCCCUGGCUGACGGCCAGUUACGGAAAUCAGAAGUCUCACGGAAGCGCCUGGAGAUCUGCAAUAGGAAACUGCUCCUGUUUGUGCAGAACGUUCACAAGGUCUUGAGCACACCCAGUCAUUUACCAGAUGAGAAAAGAGUCAACAGUGAAACAGAAGAGGAUAAAACAGACGCAGUCUCAGAUACAUCUCUUCCAUCUUCAGAUCUUGUUGACCUCUUGCUGUCAGAAGCUAAAGAACUGCUAGCACCAAUCCUCUCCAACAAGGACGCUUCGCCAUGUGACAGGGACCAGUGCCUGCCUGCUGAAGGAAUCCCAAAUUACAAGGACCAUCUUCAUCAGAAGACCACGUGGCCCCCCCCUCCGAGCCAGAACAAGGCUGACCAGCCACAGUCACCGAGUCCCACCAAGGAGCUGCCUGAGAAGCCGACAUAGAUCUCCCGUGACCUGCUCGUGCUCGGAUCUGCGACCGCUUGUAACGCGGCUGCUGCGCUGGGACAUGGCAAGGACACGAAAUGGGUGCUUCAGCUUCCAGGCAAAGCAGAGAGAGAAACAAGCUUUCUAAUGCAAGACUGAUUCUUCCUGACUAACCGCCCAAGACUUUUUCAGCAUCCUCCCCUGCGCGUCUACCUCUGAGCUAUUGUACAAGGCUAUUUGCUCUUGGUUUUGCAGCUUUAUAGAAAAAAAAUAUUCUCAAGAGGUUACACAGGCCUGGAUUUCACUGGCAGCCUUUUAGAGCUUGGAUCCUGGGUAGUAAGAGGAGCAUGGACUUACCCAAGGGACUCAGAUUCCUUUUGGUAUUUCAUACGAAAAACCAAAGUACGUUUAGUGACUGUAAUCAGAGCAGCUUAAUCUGUAGUGUCCUAGCUGUCUCGGGAUAGGUACUUCUCUUUUCAUUCUUUUUGUAUAGCUUAUCCCAGCUGCAAUGCUUGAACUGGAAAGCAGCGUCCCAGCUAGCUGCUGGAGACGGCUGCGUGCUACUGGUGCCCACAUUCUGCCGAACACCGAGCGCUCCCCGCAGCGCCGGAGAGGACACAGUGAACAGACUUCAGGAACGGCCCACGGCGUCACUUGGAAAUUAGAUACGUGCGAUGCAAGCUUGUAUGUGGUUAGCAAAGAAUGCGGUAGAGAUCUGAGGCAAACACAAGGUCUGGCAAAUAAAAUGAUCACACUGCUUGCAAGGUGUUGGCUUUCUGAGCUGGGUUCUGAUUGCAGUCCCUGUGUCCAGUGCCUCCGAGCGGAAUACCCAUUUCUAAUUCCCUCUUACUCUGGCAGCUGACAGCAAAGUGCAUUUAGAAGUUGCAGGAAAAUGGGAUGCAUUCUAGCUCUUACACAGGACUCUUUACAAUUACUUCAGCUUUCCUUUGUGGGAGUUCAAGGCAUGUGGGUCCUUUAUAGCCUAAAAUGUUAAUAUCUACUAUACUCUUAUCACCUCACUGCUAAAACAUUACCUGUGUGAUGGAAUCUCACAGUCACAUAACUAACUAGUCUGAAUUUUGGUCAAAUUUGAUAUAAUGGCUCAUGAUUUAUUAAAUCUUUUGAAGAAAUGCUUCAGAAAAUAAAUUAUAGGACGUCUUUUAAAAUUAGGAACAUAAUUCUUUGGACCAUUCACAAGAAUAUUCCCAGGAAGGAGAUGUUUUUAAAGGAUAUGAAUCUUUUAGGAUAGCCUGUGGUUAAUAGCUUGUUCCCCAGUGCUCUUUUUCAGUGGAACGGUAGCGAUUACUGGUGUUACCUGUGCGUUCAGCCCCUACGGCCUUGUUCUCAUCCCAUGUUCUACAGGUAGGGCAAAGCUGCAAGAAGACAGGUAAGAGGUGCACAGAGCCAAACCCAGUCUCACCAGUUUGGUCUACCCUGUCUCUGGAAAAGCAUCUCCAGUUCCCCUGGGGUUUGUGUGGCAGAUACCGAUCUGCUGAUAGCAACAUGUCUUCAAAAGCUGCAAAAGUUUGGCUGGAGGCUCCGUUCCAGGGUGAUGUCUCCAGCCACUGCUCACCAUGCGUGCCAGAGCACAGCACAAACAAGAUUUUCGGAAGUAGCAGGUCUUCAGCUGUGUUGUGUCAUUACAUACACCCAACGGCACCUGAGAAACCUAGUGGGAAAGAAGCAAGUUAUGGGAAAAACAGAGUUAUUUAGGCCUAACCUUAGUUUUGUGGAGCUCAACAGGAAUUUUGCUACUGAUCCCAAUGAUCAUGGGAUUUUCUCAAAAUAUGAGUAUUGAGCUGAGGGCUGGAACCGCCCAGCCCGGUGGGAACAGUCCUGUCCCAGCAGGGAUUAGUUUUGUGGUCUGAAAGAGAAUGUACUUGAUGCUCCUUCCAUAGUCAAGUGAUUCAUGUUUUAAUCACCCAAGAAAGAAGAUUUUGUAUAAAAUUUUUGUGCUGAUUUUGGCCUUGCAGAGGUAAGCCUGACCAAGCCCAAACAUAAUGCAGUUGAUGCUCACACAUGGCAAAGGUUGGGAACAGCGUGAAGCUGACCCAGGGCAUUUUGUGUAUCCUCAGCUGUCUGCUAGCAAAAGAGCUGUGAAGAUAUUAACCUUUUACAAAGCCCAGAUAAUCCUGUGUCCACAGCCUACUGGCAAUCUCUUUGGAAAAGAAGCCACCCAUGUUCCUAUCGGCCACUAGAGAUCCUGGCAUCGAGUGUGCUUGGCAAAGCAGCCAUACUGUUUAGCUGCUUUCCAUUAUUUCCUUUGAACUCACCACGUUCCUUUUGCCAUUGCUUCAAGCACAGAAAUCUUUCCAAACUCCUAUUAAUAGCGUUGUUGCUAACUGCUACCUUUUCAGAGAAAUGCUGAAAGCUAAGAUGUGACGAGAGCUGUGCUCCUGGAGGUGAUGCUGAUUUCGGUGACCCAGAAUAACAAACCUGUGUCAUGCUUUACUCCUAGGCAAGUGUGAUCAGGCAGAACUCAGCAAGUAGCGGGGUGACACCUCUUCACAGAGCUACCAAGAGGCAAAAAGCAAACAUGGAAAGGAACAAAGCACAGGAAGGGAAGUCACAGAAUGUGUCAUUUAAACAGGAUUCGUCUUAUUUACAUAGGACUUGUCUGGUACCCUUAGAAAGCUGAAUUCUUUCUUCAUUUGCAAUAUUAUAACUUGCUUGUAAGGUUCUGCAGAUCUGCUGCAGUCACAGAGUGCUGUAUCUGUGGAAGAGGACACCAGAAUGACCGAACAGUGAGGAGGACGAGGAGUACUGAUAAAACCGAUUCCUGCAUGGUAUCAGAUCUUACUGAGUGGUUAAAUGUAAACUGGCAAGUAUUUUAUAAACCAGUAGGGGAAAUGCAAGCUGUCCCUGUACAUAGACCUAACAGACUGCGUUCAAUACACUGCAAGUGUAUAAACUCAUAAAGAUGGACCUAAAGAAUAUCAGUGGGGUCAGCUGUUAGCCUGGAAGCUCUGGGUGUUAAAUAUCCCUGAUGUGAUGGUUUUAUUUUGCAUUUUUCUUAUGUUAAGCAGAAGUUCAGUUCUUACCCAUGGGUGGGCCAGCAGUUGGGAGCCCUUGUUCCCUAACGAAAUAAGCCCAAACUAGAUCUGACCAUCUAUUUUAACAGCUACAGAAAAAGGGGAGGUUGGGCAGCUGGCCACCCAGGCACUAUCUUGAAAGGUGAAUGUAGCUGAGAGCCAUUAGUACACCGUUUAUCUGCAGUCUGAUGGGUAAGGUAACUGAAUCUGCUGUACGAUGUGCUGGACUGGAGCUCAUUAGAUCUCCUGUUUCAUCUCUGCCAGUGAUCUCUGCCACCUCACUGCAUGACCUUGGGCAGCACAUUUCAUCCCAGUUUUGCACCAGACAGAAAUGGGGCUGGCAGCAUCAGCUUAUGUGAGUGGCAUAAGGAAGGCAAAGCCCUAGGGCCCCACAGAAUAUGGGGCUUGACCCUGUGGCACAAAAGGAUCUGGAAACUGGUGUGCUAUGAUGUCCUGCUGAUCUGUGCUUUUAGUGUAUAAAGCCUCAAGACGUUAACUUCUGCUGACUCUGAAAACAACAGCCCCAAGUUCUGCUUGGUUUUUUGUGAAACAGAGCCAGGCUAAGUGCUGAAAGACAUUCUCUGCAGAGAUGUGCUUCCCACAGCAAGGUGAAGGCUGGCUCUGAGCACCGCUGGGGAGGCUGCCGUGGUGGUGCCCGAUGCACUGGAGGCUGCUGAGCCUCCUCUUUCACUCCACUCAGUGACACGGGCUGGACAGAAGCCCAGUUCCUAGAGAGGGGAGAUGCACUUCCACUGCUGCUGUAAAUAUGGCUCUAAAAAACAGGUGAACUUUGCUGCUGAAUUUUUAAAGAGACACUUUAAUGUUUAAACAAUGCUGAUUUUCUAAGGGUUGUUAAACACAUGUGAAUGAGGGCUAGAAAGCGACUUAGUGCGUCAGUGCAGAAAGGGCUGGGCUGUCUGUCAUAUGCCACUUUUUUAUGAUCUUUCUCCUGCACGUAACCCGUGGUCUAAGCCAGCCCCUCCCAGGCAGACCACUGCCAUAAACCUCCUUUGCAGCUCCUUCAGAGACCAGCUGCUUUCAUAAUAAAGUAAAUAGGAAUAACAAUACCACAAACAAUCCCUGCAAAUUCUUCUUUUCCUCACACAAUGCACCUCCUCAUUUGAAUUUCUGCUGAGUUUUUUUUUUUUUUCCAACUUACUCCCACAGAUGAGGCAGGGAAGUUUAGAGGAAGAGAGAAUUUGCAGUGAAAAGCUCUCGGUAAUGGCAGAAGUGGAGGCUGAACGGUAUCUACAGACCAGACGUCCUUCCUGGGGGACAUUCUUAUUUCUAACCGCAGAGACUGGCAGGGCUGGGCUGCUGGAGGGUGAGAACUUCUAUCUGAACAGCUCCCAUGAGAAAUGCUGAGGGCUGAAUGCCAGCCCUUGAGGCAGACAGCCCGUACCUGCAGGUAAAAGGGUGGCAAGCUGGGAUGCGGAGGCUUCGGGGCACUUAGGAAUGCCAACAGAGAUUUGCCUCUAUGUUGGAAGAAAGGUAGCCUACCAAAACUGCAAAAUGCCAAGGUGACCUUCUGGCACCAGGAGACAAACACAUAUUGGAAAAACAGAAUUCUAGUUAAGGCUGCCCAGCAGGGGAGAGGGCAGGAAGUUACUCUCCGAAAUCUUGACCUGUUUUUAUGGCUAGAACAUACACGCCCUGCUAUUAAGCCACGAAGUAGCAAUGGGCAGGGGUGUUGUAGAAAGAGGGUGGAAAUAAUGGAGUUUUUUUGUUUGGUUACUUGUCUGUGGUUUUUGUUUUUGUUUGUUUGUUUGUUUCCUCUGUUUUCUCUAAGGAAAUUUGACAGUAAUAGAGGUGGAAGAGGAAUACCAUUUCUCUGAACAUGUGACAUCCUGAAUGGGAAAGCUUUAUGAAAGCAUAAAGUGAAGGUAGAUGUCACAGGUCUUGGAUAACUUUAUAAAAUUAUCCAAGACUUUUGUGGCUUUCAAUGCCCAGACCUUUUGCACAGGCCCCUAGGAGAUGCUGGCUGCUCUGGCUGCAGCUUUCAGAGCCUUCUGCCAUUUGAGGGCUCUGUGGGAUCUUUGUUUACAGAACAGUGUCAGGCUGGUCCCCCCAGCUUGAGACAGUAGAAUGCUUCAGGAAACAUUACUGAUCAGAAAUAGGUCUGCAGCUUCCUGAAAUGCCUGCCCAGAUAAGGGGAUGCUCUACAGCUAGAAGUGAUAAGGAGGCAGGAAAAGAAACAUGUGAUGAGAUGUUUUUAGUAACAUCUGCAAAGUGUCAGCUGGUCCCUUGGGAGAUCUUGAAAGGAGGUUUCUGAAGGUGCAAAACAUUCCUGGGAUGGUCUCCCACAUCCUCUCCUCCACUUCUUGGUGCCCUGCACUCCUGCUCCAGGACCAUGUGCCUGCUCAGCAGCUGCUGCUGCCACCCCAGCGUGGCACCAAGUUGGAAGGGACACGCAGGGAUCAUCGAGUCCAACUCCUGGCUCCACACAGGACCACCCAAAAACUAGACCCAAUGUUUGACACUGCUAUCCAAAUGCUUCUUGAACUCCAGCAGCUCAGUGCUGUGACCUGGAGAGCCUGUCCCAGUGCCUGAGC